AGCCGUUGCCCUGGCUAGGGCACCAGGAGGAACACAGAAUUCCUCCACAUUAACAGUAAGAGAAGUCCUUCAGCAUGAGCGCAGAUGACCCCGUCAUGCAGGACAGGAGAGACAACGCCGUCUCUGCGCGCUCCGAGGUCGAGGGCCCAGUGAGGAAGGCGAAAGACAUCCUCCGGCGGAGUGCCUUGGCCAGCACCGCCGACAUCAUCGAGCGCAAGAUCAUCAAAGAGGCGCUCAUGGAGAGCAAGCGGCGCUGGGGCAACUGCAUGAUGCUUCCGAUCAUGUGGUUCUUCUUCAUCUUCUACGCGCUCGCGGCAUCCAUGCUGGAGGACCCGGGGCAGAGGCACCUCGUGGAGAGCCCGAUACGCGAGGCUUUGAUGCCGAUGCUGGAGAAUGGCGAAUCUCCGACCCCAGACAUGUUGCAGGGCGUGGUCGUCGUUCCAGAUGUGUGGACAUUCCUAGCGGAAACCUAUGUUCCACUGUUCUUCGCACAGAACGACAGUUUGGGAAACCCGAUGCCGGAGGAGGAGUGGGGCACCAUGUUCCAGUACAACCAAUUGCUGGGGGUCGUGAAAAUGGACAUGCAACGAGCUGCCGAGAAGGGCUGCGACGAGGUGGUGAGCGGGACCUCUGCCUGGUUCGGGAUGCCCACGUGCCUCGGCGGCACGUGCGAGGACCUCAAGACGAGCCACAUGAAGUGCUUCCCAUCCACCGGGCUCAGUGCGGAGCCCUUCGGCGUCCCGUGGGCGGAGGUGCCUGACGUCGGCGGCACGCCCGCCAUGGAGCACUACCUCGGGGCAAAUCUGACCGGCGGCCCGGACGAGAUCCUGAGGUGUACGGACGAGGCCUUCACCACGCACGGGUGCGACACGCUCUGGCGGCGCCUGGCCUACCUGCGGGAGGACUUCGCCUGGAUGGCGUACUCGACCAACAACAUCAUCUCCCCGGUCGUGCCAGACGAGCCCUCGACCUUCCGCAUGUAUCUGGACUCUCGGGACCCCGCCGCGAAGACCAAUGCGCGCCUCCAGUACCUGCAGGACCGCGAGUGGCUGGACGACCACACCGUCGCGCUGUCGUUGACGGCGCUCUACGCGAACACCGACUUGGACAAGCCCUGGAUUGUGCAGGUGAAGGUCUCUCUGGAGUUUAGCCGUGGGGGUGGCGUCUUCACGUUUUUGGAUAUGACAUCGUUCUCGACCAGUUUCUGGGGUUCCGGCAGCAAUGGCGUCAUAUUCGCCGGCUUCUUCUUCGGAUCCCUCAUAAUUUCCACGUGGUCCCUGCGCCACCAGUUCUUACAGUUCAAAGAUGACCGUGACUGGAAGAUCUUGGUGAACGGGGCGAACGGAGUGACGCUCCUCUCGGUGAUAUUCGGGUGGAUUACAAUCGCCAUGUACAUCGUCAAGCUCCAGCGACUUGAUGCCGUGAAAGACGCCAUCAACAAGUACAAUGAUGAGAUUUCCAACUCUGUUGCAUUUGAUCUCCACGAUGCCGUCGAUGACAUGGUGGGCCUCAUAGUGACCUUGCGCAGCAUCAUUGCCUUUGCUACGAUAUUGUUCAAUUUGCGCGCUUUCGUGUCAUUGCAGUUCCAGCCGCGCCUCGCCGUUGUCAUCAGGACUCUCAUUGACAGCUCGAGUGACAUGUUCCACUUCAUGAUUAUCAUGCUUUCCACCAUCAUCGCAUUCGCCCUUUCCGGAAUGAUCCUGUUCGGCAAGCGGCUGCAAGAUUUCUGCACACCUUGGGCGGCACUCAUGACGUGCUUCAAGAUCAUGAUGGAGAACGAGUAUAAGUGGAUGGAGUUGUCUGCAGACCACUCCUCGUACUACUCGGCCUUGAUGUGGACAGUGGUGUACCUGUCCAUCGGCGUGGUGCUGCUCCUGAACAUGGUGCUGGCCAUCAUCAUGGACGUGUACCAAGAGGUGCGCCAGGAGUCGGGCGACAGCAUGACCAUCAUCGCGGACACGAUCUACCUGUACCACAACGCGAGGUACAGGAAACAGUGGAUAUCCGAGCGGGCCAUCCUCGCGGCCCUGCCCGAGAUGCCCAACUACAUAACCAAGAAGGACAUCAAGGACAGGUUCCCCGACAUGCACCAGUUCCAGUUUGACUACAUCCUGAGGAACUGCCGGAACAAGGCCAACAUCAUCUCGCGCGUCGGCAUCGGCUCCGGCGAGAUGGCGGAGAUGGUGGGCGCGAUCCACAUCUGCCUGGAGCAGGCCCUGGCGGACAUGGCCGACAUGAAGGAGCGCGGGUGGAUGUGCAAGGGCCUGGAGGUGCAGGAGAGGGGGGACCGGGAGCACGUGAAGGACAUCCUGACGAGCGUGGCGGUGCAGAACCACUGGAUGGGCCUCGCGCAGCAUCACCUCGCCACCCUGAAGGAGGAAAUGAUGGGGCCGCAGGAGCCACAUGACCUCCUUGAGGGACCAGCUGAAGACGGCGAAGAGCGCGAGCGGCACGCUGGGGUCCGCCCGGAGAAAUGGCGCCAACGGCAUCGCAAAGGUCCCGGGCGGCAAGGCGUAGGGCCGAGGAGGCCGUCGUGCCGCAGGCGUGCGCCGACGCUGGCGGCCCGCUCCUCCUGCGCCGUUUUUCCAGCGGGCCCACUGUCAUGUCGCCACCCGCUCCGGCGUGGGGAGGAGAAGACGGAGAAGGGAGGAGGAAAUCGAGAGCAAAGACAAAUGAGUAGAGCUACACGAGACCUCCUUCUCUUUUAUGCUGCUGUCCUGCCAGCUGUCUGUUUCUAUGUCACGCCCGUGCUAGUGUCGCGCGCGGCAUCGCGAGUUUAUUCUUUGCUGGGCUGACGGGGUCGGAGCCCUUCGUCCAGCUGUUCGCAUCUUGACUUUACGACUGGCCGAUCCUCCUCCUGAGAUGAGGCGCUGGAUUCUGGUGUUUGGGCGCUCUCGCCUUUUUGCUCUUUGGAUGGCUUCCAGGGACCUCCCAGGAGCCUGAGCACGCCGACGUCCAGAGACACAGACACAGGCACAGGCACAGACACAGACACAGACGUGUCCGAGUCGGACGCCACGCCCGACGCCGUCGCGGCCCGCGGGGAGCAGACAGGCAGCCGCCCCGCCGCCGCUGGCGCCUGGGCCUCGGCUGCACGCGACGGCGGAGUCACGCUGGGCGCCCUGGUCUUCGCCGUCGCUGGCCACACCCUCGCGUUCGCCAGGAGCGGUGAGGACGGCGACGAGCAGGAGAUCAUUGCGUGCACCAGAUUCGGAGCUUAUGCGAGGCUAGGCGGACGCCCUGGCCCGCAGCCCAAGCUCAGGGAGCGCUGUCCUGGGGCAACAGGCCUCCCCAAGUCGCUGCGAGACCAGAAGUCGCGGUGGGAGCGUGGCCUCCACCCUGGAGGCACGCCGCACGCCCGCGACACGCGGAGGAAGGGGGCGGAGGCCCCUCGUCUUCGCAAGGAGGCUGAGGUGCCGCAGGACGCCAGACAGCGCUUCCUGAAGUGGCUUGGUGUUCAGCCUGACGCACCAGCAGGCGUCGCGGGCAGCGCCUCGGCGGCUGACGCUGCUGGGAGUGGCGCAGGUUGCGCUACCUCCUCGUCGGCUGAGGUGCCCGCUGCGGCAGGAGGCUCCGCGGCGGGAGAGGGCGCGCGGCAUGCCUGGCUGGAUGCGUACGACCUCGACGAGGAGAGCCUGCUGAGCUGGUCACAGGAGGCCGAGGAGGCCCGACUCGAGCGCCAGAGCAGGAAGCGACGCAGAGAGGACGGAAAUGGAGGUGACUGAGUCCGCGCUGGCCCCAGCCUCGGGGCGCUCGAUGUGCGCGAUCUCGCGCGCGCCGAGCCUAGGACGCUCCUGGCUGUGGGGCGCCAGCCUGCCUCUCCUCCUGUCCUCCCCUCUGCGUCCGUCUCCCGUCCUCCUGUUUUCUCUGGGCCCCUGGUGGCCGCGGGCCUCUGCGCGUGGGCGUGAAGUUUCCUGCGCCUCGCCGCGCCGCUCGGGGUUGUGCAAGCAUGUUUGAGGCGCCGCCCGUCGCGUGGUUGCACGCUGUAUUUUUCCCAGCGCUUCGCGCUGAUGCCCCUCGACGGGGGUCUGAGCUGACUGGCCAAGCGGUGCCUCGGGGCCGAUGUGCCCUGGUGGCUGCCUUCUUCGGCUCGUCUGGGCUCUCGGGAUCCCUUGUGGCCCGCCCCCGGUCUUGGGAUGGCCCCUUGGGGCUCUGGCCCCUCAGUGGGGCCUGGGCCCUUUGAGGGUUUUUUAAGCCUUCACCGGCCCCGCGCUAACCAG